AUGGAGGCGGUGAGCGGUAGGGCCCCCCGGUUCGGUUUGAACGAGUCGCCGUCCACCGCUUGCAUCGCAUCGGUGAAUUCGUUCACGAGGUUGCUCGACCCGUGCUCGACCCCCUCGAACGAUCCCAAGCUCUCGCCCGCGUCGCACAUCAUGCAGCAGCAAGGAGGCGGCCAGGGCGGCCAGGGCGGUCCCCCCGGCGCACACGGCGGUCCCCCCGCGGGGAUGCCCAUGAUCUACGGCCAGCCCUACGGUCAGUUUCCCCAGGGCGCGCCCCACCCCGGCGAUCCCAACGCGCAGCAGCAGUGGCAGCAGCAGGCUCGCGCGGCUCAGCUGCAGCAGGCGCAGCUGCAGGCGUACCACAUGCAGUCGCACCAGGUCAACCAGCACCACCAGCAGCAGCUCCGCAUGUUCUGGCAGCAGCAGAUGCAGGAGAUUGAGUCUGGGUCCGACUUUAAGAACCACCAGCUGCCCCUCGCGAGGAUCAAGAAGAUCAUGAAGUCCGACGAGGACGUUCGGAUGAUCUCGAGCGAGGCGCCCGUGCUGUUCGCCAAGGCGUGCGAGAUGUUCAUCUUGGAACUCACGCUCCGAUCGUGGAUCCACAGCGAGGAGAACAAGAGGCGAACGCUGCAGCGCAACGACAUCGCCGCGGCGAUCACCAAGACGGACAUCUUCGACUUCCUCGUCGACAUUGUCCCGAGGGAUGACUUCAAGGAGGACGGCAUGAAUGUUCCCAGGGCGCCCCCCGCGGCUGUGGCGUUGGGUGCGCCGGGAGGUGACGGCCAGGGCGCGGGAGGCACGGGGGCGGUGCCGGCCGUGCCGUACAACCCGGGGAUGUAUUACAUGCAGCCGCCGCCGGGGACGAUGGCGGGCGGGCAAUGGCCGCCGCAGAUGUCGCAGGAUCCCAACCAGUACCAGAUGCCCCCCAAGCAAUGAUCGCGGGAAAUUAGGGCGAGGGGGUAAACAAACGGUCAAGGGGAUACGUAAACGUCGCGCGCGACGCGACGAAACCGGAUGGGGACUUAAUACGCUGGGUUGAAACAUAGCCGGAGUUUUUGGAACAAAACAUUUUAGCAA